ACGUGACUCUCAUACUGCUGGUCCCUAAACAGGCGUGGAAUUGCUAUAGCAUUACUUGAUAUGUGAAUUGUAUGCUGUUAGUUAACGUUACUUGUGUUUACCAUAGCCGACCUGGCGCGCUGAACAAGUUUUGUCAUAAUUAAGGAACGCGGUAACGCUAACAGCGACCAACGAGGAUGUUUAAAAAAUUUGAUGAUAAGGAAAAUGUGUCAAACUGUAUCCAGCUGAAAACAUCAGUGAUCAAAGGCAUCAAAAAUCAGCUGUUGGAACAGUUUCCAGACAUCGAGUCAUGGCUCAAUCACAUAAUGCCAAAAAAGGACCCUGUCAAAAUCGUGAGAUGCCAUGAACACAUUGAAAUCCUGACAGUGAAUGGAGAACUGCUUUUCUUCAGACAAAGAGAAGGACCAUUCUACCCAACCCUCAGACUGUUGCAUAAAUAUCCUUUCAUUCUUCCACACCAGCAAGUAGACAAAGGGGCCAUUAAAUUUGUCUUAAGUGGAGCCAACAUCAUGUGCCCCGGGCUGACGUCACCAGGCGCUAAACUCUACCCAGCUGCAGCCGACACAGUAGUUGCCAUAAUGGCGGAGGGAAAACAACAUGCACUUUGUGUUGGCGUUAUGAAGAUGUCUGCAGACAGCAUAGGAAAAGUCAACAAGGGAAUUGGAAUUGAGAACGUUCACUAUCUGAAUGACGGAUUGUGGCACAUGAAGACGUAUAAAUGAUGACAUCUAGACCUGCCCCUACCCCUACCCCCCAGACAGUGUGGAGCUCUUGACAGCGAUGCAUCAGCUGCCCGUCACCUGUUUACACCCAAGAACUUAGCUGUGUAACCGGCUGAAGGCUUUGAAUCAAUCGGCAUAAUGCACAAAUAAAAAAAAGAUCUUGCUUUAAACCUUAA